CCCAUGAGACUCGAUUAUUUUAACGACUCUUCACUCAUAUUAGUUCCCCUCAAAAGGAACAAUACAAAAACGUUGGAGACUCCGGUGCCAUUGAAUGAAUUUAAUCUGGCUAAUUCUGGAUGUUUGCCAACAGAGAAAUUCUCUGUUGUGCUCCAUGGCUGGAUUCAAAGUUGCUCCGAUGAGUGGGCGAUUGAGCUGAUCGAAAGAUUAAGUUUCUAUCGCAGAGGCUGCGUCAUAUGCAUCGAUUAUAGUACGGCCGCCAGUUCAUCUUAUAUGAGAUUAUAUUCCAAUUUCGAUCACAUAACCGAGGUGAUUGUCUCCAUUCUAGUAUCUCUCUUUCGAUACGGCUUCGAUCCGAGUCGUGGAUUUAUGUUUGGCUUCAGCUUUGGCGGACAGUUGGCAUCAGCUGUGGGUCGCGCACUGCAGCCCCAUUUUACGCUGCAAAAUAUAGAUACUUGCGACAUGGCUGGUCCCGGCUUCGAUCCCAUUGACGUCGAUCACUCGAAGGCCGCACGGCAUGUGCAAUGCUUUCACUCAAGCCGCGAUAAGGGAACUUUCAUCUAUUCCUGCCAUCGGAAUAUCAUGCUAGGCAGCUGUGGACUGAGUCAGCCAUCGAUCGCAAGCCAAUCUCAUCUGGGUAGUCAUGGACUAUGCGUUGAUAUCUAUAUAAAUACUUUCGAUUAUCCAUUCUAUGCAUUGAGCACGCCGCCCAGUGAGUGCUUAACAUUCUCCAAAGUGGCCAAGAUACCGAAUCACUAUACAGUCGGAUAUGAGGAGGAUUUCAAUAAGCAAAUAACUGGCAAAGUUUAUGUUCCGACAAGCCUACAUUAUCCCUACAAUUUAUCCAAAAGAGAGCUUCGAAUUCUUUUUGGCAAGAAUUAAAAA